UGUUGUCUUUUCGGCGAGUAAAAAUGUCUUUCGAGGCUUAAGCCCUGUCGCGUUGUGUCAACAAUGAAAAGUAGUCCUACGCACAAAUAUGAUAAUUUCUCCGGCGACCAUCAAGGGAAGGAUACCGACAAAUAUUCGCUAGACAGCCAGGACACCGCAAGUGUGGUUAGUCGCUUGUCCGAAUUAUUGAUUUUUGUUUGUGUACCUUAGAAGAUGUUAUUGAUUUCACGUCUUUUUAAUGUUUAAGCAUUCGAGUCCAACGGAGGGCGGCGGGCGUGAUCGCGUGGACGCGUGCGCCGGCGCAGGUGACAUGUGGAUCAGCGCCGUCGAGAGCUCUAUCCUAACAUGGGAGGAGGUGGCAGAGCGUCUCCGCGUGGACGUCCGCCGCGGGCUGACAUGGCGGGAGGCCAACGACCGCAUGAACUUCGUGGGCCCCAACGAGUUCCAGGUGAAGGAAGAGGACCCACUCUGGAAGAAGUACAUCGAGCAGUUCCAGAACCCGCUCAUACUGCUGCUGCUCGGCUCAGCGGUGGUGAGCGUCUGCAUGCGCCAGUUCGACGACGCGAUCUCGAUAACGGUCGCCAUCAUCAUAGUAGUGACUGUUGCCUUCGUCCAGGAGUAUCGAUCUGAGAAGUCGCUUGAAGAGCUGAACAAACUUGUGCCACCUACUUGUAACUGCCUACGCGAAGGCAGUCUUGAGCACUUUCUAGCGCGGAACCUAGUGCCAGGCGACAUAAUCCAUCUCAAUGUCGGGGACCGGGUGCCAGCUGACCUCCGUCUCUUCGACUCGACCGACCUGGCUAUUGACGAGUCCUCGUUCACCGGGGAAACUGAGCCGGCAGGCAAGAGUGUCCUGCCGAACAAGGCUGCAGCCGGCCGGGUGAACAAGGAUAACAUCGCGUUCAUGGGAACUCUAGUCAGAUGUGGAAAUGCGAAGGGUAUAGUAGUAAGCACGGGCGAGCGCUCAGAAUUCGGCGACAUCUUCCGCAUGAUGCAGGCUGAAGAAGCCCCGAAGACUCCUCUCCAGAAAUCCAUGGACACACUCGGAGCCCAGCUGUCUCUGUACUCCUUCUGCAUCAUCGGCUUCAUCAUGGUAGCUGGGUGGCUGCAAGGGAAAGCAUUGCAGGAUAUGUUCACUAUUGGAGUCAGUUUGGCUGUUGCUGCCAUUCCUGAAGGUUUACCAAUAGUGGUGACAGUGACUCUAGCUCUGGGCGUGAUGCGGAUGGCGAAACGCAACGCCAUAGUCAAGAAGCUGCCAACUGUUGAGACGCUUGGCUGCGUUAACGUCAUCUGCAGUGAUAAGACCGGUACUCUAACAAUGAACGAGAUGACAGUAACGACAAUAUCGACCUCCGGGGGUCACAUAGCAGAGGUCACCGGGACUGGGUACAAUGCGUGCGGGGAUAUCCAACUGCGUACGCACAAGGGGCGGGACUUGGAUGUCGCUAGGAUGGGCGUAGCUAGUAUGUUGGAGGUGGGUGUAGUGUGCAAUAACGCGACCAUCCGCUCGGACGUGUUAUACGGGCAGCCCACAGAGGGCGCUCUGCUGGCGUGUGCCAUGAAGAACGGAAUGGGCGAACUGAGGGAACAAUAUACACGGCUGCAUGAGAUACCUUUCAGUUCUGAGACGAAAAUGAUGGUAGUGAAAUGCGCGCCAAAGGACAACAAACGCAAAGAGGAAUUGUUCGUGAAGGGUGCGAUUGAGAAGAUCCUUCCUCUUUGUACUCAGUACAUUGACAGUGCUGGCAACUACGCACCGAUGACCAAGGAGAAGCAGAAUGAUUUCAUAAGCGAAGCUUAUAAUAUAGGACGGAUGGGUCUCCGCAUCAUAGCGCUGGCCCGCGGCGCCAGCCUGGAGGCGCUGACGUACACGGGCGUGUGCGGCGUGUGCGACCCGCCCCGCGCCAGCGCGCGCGACGCCGUGGACACGCUGCGCCGCGCCGCCGUCGACGUCAAGAUGCUCACCGGGGACUGCAGGCCCACCGCGCUCGCCGUCGCUCAAAUGGUGGGUCUGGAUGUGCUUCACUCUCAAUCCCUAUCUGGCGAACAGCUCGACACGAUGGCGGACGAUGAAUUAGACCGAAUCAUUGAUACUGUAAGCGUGUUCUACCGUGUGACUCCAAAGCAUAAGCUGGCGAUAGUGAAGUCCCUGCAGCGGCUGGGGAACAUAGUGGGCAUGACGGGAGAUGGCGUGAACGACGGCGUGGCCCUGAAGCGCGCAGACAUCGGCAUCGCCAUGGGCCGCAACGGCACCGACGUGUGCAAGGAGGCCGCGGACAUGAUCCUGGUUCAGGACGACUUGUAUACCAUCAUAGCGGCGAUUGAGGAAGGCAAGUGCAUAUUCUACAACAUCCGCAACUUCGUCCGCUUCCAACUGUCGACGUCCAUCGCUGCUCUCUCCCUCAUCGCCCUGGCUACCCUCAUGGGGAUACCCAACCCGCUGAACGCUAUGCAAAUUCUUUGGAUCAACAUUAUUAUGGAUGGUCCCCCCGCGCAGUCGCUGGGCGUGGAGCCCGUGGACCACGAGGUGGUGCGGCGCCGGCCGCGCGACACCACGCGCCGCAUCAUCUCGCGCGGGCUGCUCGUCAACGUGCUGCUGUCCGCCGCCAUCAUCAUCGCCGGCACGCUGUGGGUCUUCAACAGGGAGAUGUCAGACAACAAAAUAACCCCGCGGGACACGACGAUGACGUUCACGUGUUUCGUGUUGUUUGACAUGUUCAACGCACUCUCCUGCCGCAGCCAGACCAAGUCAGUGUUCCAGGUCGGCCUGUUCUCUAACAAGAUGUUCCUAGUGGCAGUGACGCUAAGCCUGGUGGGCCAGAUGCUGGUCAUCUACUUCCCGCCGCUGCAGCGCGUCUUCCAGACCGAGGCGCUUACUGGACAUGAUCUGAUAUUCCUCGUUUGUCUAACAUCGAGCGUGUUCAUAGUAAGCGAAGUGAAGAAGGUAACUGAACGGGCGUUGAAGAAGCGAGCUUUCAACAAGUUCUCCUCGAAAUCCCGAGACGCCAUGGACUUUGUAUGACACGAGUCCCACCCGAAGGCGCAGUAAAUACCCGGGCACGCCCACUCCGACCCCCGUGCCUGGGUAGUGGGUUGUGUGCAUACGACUCGUGUGGGAAACUGUGUGAGACUCAGGGCUCGCGUGCAAAAGUGUGUUAGAUAAUCGUGUACGGUUGUGUAAGAAGUUAGAGUCAGAAUCUUCGUGUAAAUGUUAUGUGAAUCUGUAGCAUAGAAUAAGGAAUAAUACUACGUAAAGAUCGGCAACUCACCCCCCACUAGCGUCUAAGUUUACCUCAUCCCCCCUCGAACAUAGUUUAGACUUGAAUCGUAUGGCGUCAGACGUCACACACAGAUGCGCGUGUACGAUAACGUCAAUGUGUAGUGUCUGUGUAAAACGAGGUGUUUUGUAUGAAGUGUCCGGGGGUCUUGUAGGGUCCUUAAAUCUAAGUUCGACUCUACAGAGUAUUUCUGUUGCAUUGCAUAAAGGUUCGUUUAGAUCAGUGACAGUGAAUAAAACCGUCUUACACGACCGUGCACGGUUUCUGUGUAAAUCAGCGUUGCAUGACCCUAGUAAAACAUCGUGUAAUACUGUGUUGUGUGUGGAUAGUGAGAUGUAUCGUGGAGACGCUUCUGUGUUUGGCGACCACGAGCGCAAUGGACGCGCCGGCCAAUGUUCGAUGUACGAACUCAACCGCGAAAUCGAUAUUCCUAUUCGUUUCUAAUUUAUUUUUUAUCGCAGUAUUUUGUAGCUAUUUUUGGAAUGUGUUUGUUUCGUACUUUUUUUUAAUUAAUCUAAGUGGAAUGUAGUAGUGAAUUGUUAACUUAUGGACUUGAUUUUAAUUAGAAGAUGCUUUUAUUUUUUUAAGUUUUUGAAACAUAGGUGCGUGGUGUUUCUGUGAGAUUUUUUUUUAAAUGUCAUUUGUGGAUUUGUAGUAAAUUGAAUACUCUUUUAAAUUAUGUAUCACUAGUAAUUAAUUGGUAAUCUUGAUAUUUAUAAAAUUGUUUCGAAGAUAAAGGAUUCGUAUUCGAAACAUCAAUAAAAGUUAAUUUAUUAUUAAAAUCUUAAUAAAUUGUGGAUACUAUUUGGAAUGAGGUAAUUCCAAUUAAUAAUAUGAAUGAAGUGUUUAAAAAAUACCAAUCCUUGGAGCAUAUAUAAUUAUCUUUUAGUAAAAUAUAUAAAAAAUAAUAUUGUUGGUUUCUUAUCAGUUUUGAUAAUAACAAUAAUAAUAAUUAUUUAUUAAUCUCUCCAAGAUCGUUUUGUAGUCUUCGCUGGAGAACCAAGAGAACAUAAUGAUAAUAAUAAAUAUUAAUAUUUAAUAAUUUUGAACCGAUUUCCGCCACGUAGUAUAGUUAGCUACGGAUAUAUUGAUCAGCAUAUUUCGCGCAGAUGCAAGAAUUGAACAUGAUUACCUUAGUUACUACAAACCGGUAUUUCGGUCAUAGACACACGUUUAAAAAAAAAAGAAAAAACAAUCGCUCGAAUGGGAAUAAUCGUUCGACUUCGACCGACCGUCGAUGGAUUCAUUAGUCGAAUGGUAUCCGUCAAUCAAUUGAAGCGACCAGAAAUUCAGUCAAUUGCGAUGGACGUUUGUCGAUGCCGUCGUUAGAUCGAUUAGUCUGAUAACACCCUAAGUAUCUCGAUAAAUGUAGCUUCGAGUCUUUCUCAGUUCGAUUUUAUUUUGAAAAAAAUAUAUACCUAUUGAAGCUACUAUCUGAGUAGUUAUAGAAAUGUUGAUAGUAGCAACACUUAGAAGACGGAAUAUAGUCAUGUUAUGAAACAAUAUUUUGCUCACGGGCUGCGUUGAACUACAAAAUUGCAAUUGAUGAGCAGUUUGUAAGUGCUAAUUGCACAAAAACAACGUUCAAUGUCGCCUAAUAAGGUGAUUACUGUACUUAAUUCUAGAUUGAAUCUUAAAUAUCUAAAAUAAGCCUUCAUUUUGAUUAACUGCAGUCUUGUUGCUUACAAACUGCUUGUUAACUUCUUAAGCAAUCCAAUUGCAGUUUCGUUGGCCUAACCUCUGUGGCUCUUGCGUGAAGAAAUUAUUAUUGAUUAUUAAAAUAAGGAUUUACUUAGGAAUUCUUAAAAACGUGUAGAGGACCAUUGAGAGCCAGUUUCUAAUAGUAUAAUGAAGUUACCAAAUUGCCUUUAGUCUAUAGAAUAAACUAAAUAUGUACGGUCACGAGUACUAAUAUGUACACACUUUGAAACCAUGUCGCAUUAACUUUUUUGACAAAUUACACUGUAAGUCUCAUUAAAUGUCAAAUAUGAUCGUGCGACAGGGUUCUAAAGUGGGUAUAUGAUAUUGCUCAUGACUACACUCUAUAGGUAGCAUGAUUAGAAUGAACAGGGCCAAUGAUGUGCAGUGCCCGGGAAUGUUCCCAAAGUACGAAUGUUCCCGUUAUAAAAACUUAUAGUACCUAAGGACACUAGCUGGUUUUCUUUUUCAAAUUGUUCUUUUUUGCGAACAAUUGUUUCGCGUCCUUUUACUGCCGGGUACGUUCCCCAAGGUGGGAAAAUUCCCGGGAACGCCACAUCACUGAGCAGGACAGAUAUAGAACAUCGCCUAGUGCGAAAGAGACGAGAGAUAUGUUACUCGAAUCAUGCUCCGUUAAAUAGGGUAUAAACUUUCGAAUCAUUCCAUACAAAUCGAAAACAAAAAAAAACCAUACAAUCAUUCAGUAAUAGUUAAAAUGCUAGAGUAAAUAUUGUCUGUCUAUGUAUAACUAUUUAUUUCUAUACUUUUCUAACGGAUUAGGAUGUUAAUAGUUGUUCGCGUGUGCAUGAGUUGCGUGGAGUGAAAUAACUUACCUGAGUAAAGGAGACUAAUACAAUUAUCGUCACUGAAAAGGCGUAAUACGUAAGCGCAUUUCAAGAAAAAGCCGUUUAAGCAGCUAUUUCGUUUUUUAAUCAUAACUUUUUACCAAUUUAUUCAAUUAAGAUGACGUCAACGUAAGAUUACAAUUGGUUUUUCGUUUUCUAUAUCUAGAAAUACGUUAUAAAAUACACUGCUAUUUUAAGACAUUUUGGCGCUUAUGUAAUUUUGUCUUUCCAGUUACGAUAUAUAUAUAAAUUCCACUUGAUGUCACCCCUCAAAGUUUUCGUUACGAUGUCACUGACACCCUGUAUAAACCUCUCAGACGACGCACUGAGCCGAGGUUUUACGCCCAAAUGGUUACCCUCAGGCCUGUGGUAUUAAAUUUUGUACCGGGUGAGAGCCCUGAGCGCUCCCUAUUUGUCCGAGUAGUUAAUGCCAUCUGACGCAAACCUAAUACGUAAAUUCCUUAUUAUUCCGUGGUGUACACGGACACGUAUUGAAUUGUAUACCCCUGGAGAUUGAGCAGGGACGGUAAAUAAAUGGGUAUAAGGGUGAAUAUCAAAAUGUGUCAAGUUUGGUGGCGAACUGUCAUAUAAUUUUUUCGUGAAAAAUUGGGGAAUAUGGGAAAAUUGGGAAUUGAAAAAUUACUUUUUCAUGACGGAACCGAGGAUCCUUUUGGAUCUUUUUCAUGUCGGAAUCCAAUUUUUCACGAAAAAAUAUUAUGAAAUUUCGCCACCAAACUUGAAAUUUUGAGAUUCACCCAUAAAUGAGAAUUUAGUAAAUUCAAUUUCUCCAUCGCACAGAUGUAUAAUACAGAGAGAUCGGUGGGAUGUGGCUGAGGUGUUAAACAUAGUUCAUCUUGCGAUGGCUGUGCCUCUGGCUACCCCGUUGGGAUGUAGUCAUGAGCUUAUGUUAUGUUAUUACCCAUCUAUAACAGUCACCAGAUAAUGAAAUUGUCAUGUUAGAAAUACUUGCAUGUCUUUGUUAUGGUACUUGUUGUAAACAAGCAUUUGUUUGGUUUGUAGUGUUUUUGUAUGUUAGUUACUAAUUACGUGAAUGUACAAGGCAUUCAAGCCAGGACCUUUCUUUUCAUUUUAUAUCAAAAUUAAAAAGUAAUAUUGGUUCGAAUAGUAAAUCUACUUCGAUCGUCUUUAAUUCCGUAAUCGAUUAAUAUGUCUUGUGUAAAUAGUAAAUUUUUUAAUCUAUUAAAUACGCUCUCUUCUGUAAUCGAUAAGCGUAGGAAAGUACAAAAUUUACUAAAAGUUCUUUUCUUUUAAAAGCAAUGGAUUAUACAAAAGAUUAACACCCGUGUUUUAAGAUGUUAACUCCAACCUUCCUUGACUGCGUCCUCACUUGAGGGGACAUUAAGGAAGACAUCGAACUCAGCUCAAAGUCGGUAUUCUUACGGUGGUAUUAAUAAUCUCAGCUGAGACUGCCCUCGAGUCCAAUGUGACAGUUCUUAUAUAAAAACAGGGACUUGAGCAUGGUCUUGAGCAGGAAUGUUAGGGAGCUUCGUAACUGAAACUAUCGGAUAUCCGAUAUAAAAAAUCAUCCGUAACCGUAACCGAAUCCGAAAUAAACAUUUCGGAUAAUAUCGGAUAGGGGCGGAGCCUAAUUGAGACACGUUAUGACAAGUUGUUUUGAUCGGCUGUCAUAACAUAAUGUAUUUUUAAUUGUCGUUAUAAAUAAAACCACUUUCUUAGGUAUCUAUUUGUAUUUUACUUUUGAAAUUCUUUAAAAAAAUAGUAUCCGUAACCGAAACCAACGGAUAAUCCCAAAUAAUUUAUUAUCCGUAUCCGUAACCGUAUCCGGUAUAAUAAUCAUUCUUAUAUCCGUAUCCAAUCCGUAUCCGAAAUUUCAUAUUCAUAACAUCCCUGGUCUUGAGGGCAGUCUCAAAGCUAAGAUUAGUUUAUUACCACCACUCGACGUCGUCUCAACCUUAUCUCAAGUUUACUCCAGUGAGGUUGAGUUGAGUGCAUACAUGACAUGACGUCAUUAUUUUCGUAUUAUUAUGUUGGCAGUAUGACAUGCUUGAAUCCAGUGAGUAAAGUCCUCAAGUCGAGGAUGUAAAUGCCAAAAUACCAAAAUCCUCAGCUGAGGCCGAAACAAGUGGAGGAAGUUUCAAGUUAACAUCUUAGAAUACGGAUGUAAGCAAGUCGCACUUUAAAGAUUGGUCUAAGAAUGGUGCUUGUAUAGUGUGAGAUUCAACAAAACGUAUUGUAUUUAAAUCACUAUUAUAAGCUAAUUUCCCCUUGUUAUCGCACUACAUGUAUAUUUGUAAUUAAAAAAAAAGAUGGCAUUUGUGUUGCCAUAUGAAAUUACUCGGGCUUUAUUUGCAUGUCUGUGAAAUAGGGUAGUUUCCAACUAGUCAAAUCAGUUACUUUUUUACUAAACGUCAAAACAACCUGUGACGUCAUAGGAAAAUGUGACAAAAUGUCGCACUUAUUAUUACAUCAUUCUUUAUUAAAAUUAAUAAAUAAAAUAGAAAAAAGAAAAUGUUUUAUGUCACCUUUAGAUCUGUCUUAAGUAAUCAGAAUUUCAUAAUUUAUCUUUGACCUAGGAAACUACCCAAUUGUAGGUUGUUUUUUGAGUCUUAUGUCGGUGUGGAAGAUUAAUUGUGCGAUGAACUGUGAUGGAAUUGAAGUCUCCUUGUCGAACUAAACAACUAAAGGGCUCUGCAAUCUUUGUAAGGGUUAAGUGGCAUCUGUCAGCACCUCAUCACAUUUUCCUAUUUUGAACGCGACAGAAUCGACGACGCAAUAACGUGCGGCGGGAGAGAGAGUGCUCUCUCGCUCUAGCAAAUAACGGUUCUGCGUAACAGAAAAGGAUAAAAGCAUAGAAAUGUACCAUGACAAGCUGACAGAUGUGGUUCAACCCAUGAUUUAGGUAACUAACGUAUUGGUCAGAUUUUUGGUUGACAUAAUAUUGUUCCCUUCUUCUUAUCGUGUCGAUGGCAAACUAAAUAGUAUCGGCCCAAAACUUGGGAACAAGUGUGGCGCUAUCUGCAGUGCUCAUCAGAUCCUCCUGCGUGCUGGUGUUCGGGCACGCAGGACACGAUGUAAGAUGUUCCAUCGUUUGGGGAACAGUGCCGCACUUGCACUUUAAGUCCGAGCCAUCCGAGAAACCCCACCUGAACAAAUUAUCCUUACUUCGGCCCACCUCAGUGCGAAGUCUAUUUAGAGACAUCCAGGGAAGCCAAGGCAAAUCAAGACCUGGCGGAGGUCUCUCGGACGGCGAAACAAAAGGUGAAUAUUGAAUAAAAAAGGAUAAUAUUGUUCAUACAUGUUUAUCGUACAAUUAAAACCAAAACAUGUUUAGAAUCUAUAAAUUCAAAUUGUAUAGGUACUUAUAUAUGGUAUAAAAUUAAAUUCCUGUGUCUAUAUAAUAAUUGCUUUCGCUUUGUAAAUCUGUUACAUAAGAAAUAUGAAUGCGAACAAAAUCAAUUUUGUAAGUCAUUUCAUGUUAAAUUUCUUUAACAUUUACGGGAAAAUCUAUAGCAGUAGUGGAUUGCAUUGUGAUUUCAAGUCAUAUCUUAGUAUGAAUUUGUUCUAAGAUUUUACUGAUCUUUAACUGUUACACUUUUGGAGGUAUGGGUAAUAUGCGAGGUUAGAAGAGUAAGAAGUUUUUUAAUAGUUGGCAGAAAAACAACUUUGUUGUUGUUUUCUCUUAGAUUUAUGAACAUAAUUGGGGUAAUUUUAUGAUAAAUGUGGCUAUUUUAAUAGAUUUGGAGUCAAAACAAUAAAGCAACGGUGAAAAAUCUAUGAAAAUGGUUUCAUUUCCUCAAAAUGUGGUAUGUGAGGUCACUUAUAAAAUUACCCAUAUUAAAUCUUAUAGAGAUAAAAAUUUGCCAAGCUAAAACAAUAUCUAGUUGCCUCGCUAAAAAACUCGUUAUAAACGAACAGUUAUUUCAGGAAAUGUUUUACAGGGUGCGAUUUUUCAUUAAUCCAAAAAAAUAUAGAAUGACACAUAAAAUUUACACCUUAAUUAAUUUUUAAUAAAAAAAUAUAUCACUUGUAAUUUCGCUCCUAAAAUCGCGCCCUGUAGUACUUCCCAUUCGUUGGACCCGCAAUCUCUUAUAGACAUAAGGUUUUGAUGUUAAAAUUUCAAUGUUACCCUUUGCAAAUUAGUAUAAUAUACGGGAAGUCAGAAAGAUGGAAGCUAUUGCAUGGCAAAUGGCUAAUGAAUUAUGAUUAUACAAGUCAAACGCUUUAGUGCGUGCCACUGAAAACAUAAUUACGUGUAGCUCUUUAAAUUUCAUAGUUCAGUCAAUGGUGUGAUGUUGAUUCCGACGGAACUUGCACUAUCCCUUGCAUUAAGUUUAGGGGAAGAACGGCACUAUUAUUAGAGCUGUGAAAAUAUUUACAUUUUGUCCACCGACAAUGUUACGCUAAAUAUUAUACGACUAAUUUACUAUAGCGAGAUAAAGAGCGGGAUUGCUACCGCCUCGUCGAUUCCGCCGCGAGACAAUGCGACCGGCAAUAUAGAAAGGAAUCGAUCAAUCUAAUAUCGACUGAUUCUGAUUCUUACCGCUCAUUGAGACUAUUGUAAAAUGCUAUUUUUACUGAAAUAUAAUCAUAAAUUGUUACAUCAGCGGGCUUAGCACCGUAAGCACGCGACUCUUUCUCGCCGCGACAGAGAUCAUCUGUCUCUUUCUGUGCAGUACUGUGAGAGAGUGACGGGUGACGUAUGUCGCGGCGAGAAAGAGUCGCGUGCUUACGGUGCUAAGCUCGCAGUUAGUACUAACUGAUCAUUCUGUUUAUUAACUAUGGAGCUUAUUUCACUCUAUUCCACUAUAGGUCUGUGGAGACACAUGAUAAUUGUUGUAAUAUUGCUAAUUUGCAAAGAUCUAUUUAUAAAGAAACUUAGGGAUUGACUCUCUGUAGUUAGUAAACCUCUAUGUAAGGUCUAAACAUUUGAAAUAUAGAAAUAGCAAGAUUUAAUGUAUUGUAAAAUUAUAAUGAAGAAAUAUUUAUUAAUUGAUCAAAGUAUUACUUGUAGUGUUUUAUAGAGUUGGUUUGGUUGGAAAUAGAUUUCUGUUUACUGACAAAAUGUUUAAUAUCUUAGAAUAUUGUACUAUCACAUCUAAAACUUGCUGUACAUACUGUAGCACCCUGUCGCAUUAACGUAUUUGACAUUCACGUAUAAUUAGGCAUUGUUUCUGUUUGUCAAAUAAGUUAAACAGAGUUAAACCGACAUGGUUGUACAGUCGUUGAACAACACGACCCUAUACAGGUUCAUCAAGUAGCAUAAUGUACCACCCUCGCAACUUACAUAUUUGAUGUUGGAAUGUAUCAUUAUAUGCUGCUAAGAUGUUAAGUUGGUUUGGACACGUAGAGCGGAUGAAUGAUAAUAGGAUUACGAAGUAUGUAAAGCAAAAGUUGGUGGUAGGGCUGGCAGAGGCAGACUUAGAAGGACGUACAUUGACCAAAUAGGAGAUGUCCCUAGAAAAGGUUUAGUACAUCUACUCUAAACCGGCGUGCGUGUAUGAAACGAUUGAUGAAUGUGGAGGAAGCAAAAGAAGUGUGUCAGAAUCCAAGCAAAUGGAAUUCCAUAGUCUCUGCUUACCCCGGUAGGAAAUAGGCGUGAGUUUAUGUGCGCAUGCUAAGAUGUUAUCUGUGGGUGCUGUUUGUUUAAAAAAAUACAUAUUUCACUGGCAUUUAUCGUAAAAAGUUAAAAUGCAAGUAGACAUUGAAUCUAUUUCCUACAAAAUCACAAUUUUGUAUCUUAACUACGAAUUUCAAAAUGUUUUCCUCUCUAUGCCUAGGUAUUUAUAAAAUUAUUAAAAAAAAAACACAUUCACACAAAUUGUGUCGUACUAACCGAGCGAAAGUAGCAUUUUUGUCAUUUAUAUGUUAGCAUUUAAUUUUAUCAUUUAAAAAAGUUUAUUUUCGCUUGGAAAGUGAUAAUGCCUUAAAACAAUAAAGCCUCUACAAAAAAACUUCUAAUGCUUUAACGAAUUAUUUGUUUUAAAUAACAAUGUGAACGUUGUUAAACAAAGUUUUGAUCGCGUUCUGUGUUAACUUGUCAACUGGAGAUUUUAAAUUGUUUUAAUGUAUGUUCGUUAAAGGAAUAGAAUUCUAUUUUUGGCCAUUUCUAUAAAAAGUUUGUCGUGUCUGUCAACGACCAGUACUAAUAAAAAAUGCAUUAUAGGUCGCUUCACUUUUGUGGGUUUUUUUCCUAUGGUCUCUGCCUACCCUAACGGGAAAUAAACGCGAACUUAUGUAUGUACGUUAUAUAAUAAAGCAUUUCACCAUACAACUUAUCCGGGGAUUACUAAAGAUAAGGUGAUCAACAUGCUUAUUUGUAAUCGAAAUUUGAAAGCGGUUACGGUUACCGUUUUAUCAUACCGGUAUGAAGUUAGGAUACCGAUUUCCUAUUGGUUCGUAAAACGGUAGCCUAACCAUAACCGCUUUCACCCCGUGUUUAAUACCUACGAACUAAAAUAAUACCUACGUACUAUAAAGAUAUUAAAAAAUAAUAAUAUAUAUUGUUUUUGUUUUAACUUUUUUAUCCCUCUGGGAAAGGCAAAGGUAAAGCCGUGCAGCCAUAGAAAUGAUUUUUUUAUUAUUUUAUGACAAAACAAAGUUUCUAUAGAAUUGGCUAGGCUUAUUAGUAAGAGUUAUACAUACCUAUAUUGAAAUAUAGUCUGUUCGCAUAUCUAUAACAUUGUAAUCCUUCACAACAACGUAAAUUGUGAUAUAAUAAAUUAAUUCUAUCUAUUUAGAUAAAUGUAUACCGUAGCGAUGCGGACAGACAACAUGCUAGACACGGUGCAAAUAAAAAUAGUCCAAAAUAAUAAU